CUGGGCAGCAAACGUGGCCUGACAGGCGUAUUUGGUAUUGUCACAGCAAUUUAGCCUGAGGGCUGAGUACCGGAGUAUUGCUCUGAGUGCUUUCCCCGCUCUCCCGCAUUGCCCGGCCAAAGAUCGAAGAAGACAAUAUUCAGACACUGUCGAAUGUUUGGUGUGCUGGGCUUGAAGUGCCACCGCAAGAGCCUUCUGCAUAAAGCCACCACUACGGUUAUUCGACGACACCCUUGAUUCGCUUGCUUUCCCUCCUGACGAGAUCUCCCUCCGAUCUUUCCGCUGUUGCCUUAGAUCCACAACUCAUAUGCGCCCAAGGUUGUAGUAGUCGUCACAGGGACAAUGGCAGCCCCCGAGGUCGCUCCUCAAUUUGGGGCGGAGUUGAAGGAUGCUUUCAAGCCAGUCAACAAUUGGGUUUCCAAUGGGAUAUCCUGGCUGGAGGAAAUACAGCAAUUUUACCGAGAGCGCAGCGUGAUAGAGAAGGAAUACGCCUCCAAGCUCACGGCACUAUGCAAGAAAUACUACGACCGCAAGGCAAAGAAGAUUAGCCCAUUGAGUGUUGGAGAUCACCCUGCGAUGACGCCCGGCUCUUUAGAAAGCGCUUCGCUUACAACCUGGACCACACAACUGUCCGCGGUUGAAGCGCAUGCGGCGGAACGUGAUAAGUUCGGAACCGACCUCCUUGUUCAGGUCGCAGAGCCACUGAAACAUGCCGCUGUGCAAUACGAAGAAUUGAGAAAGUGUCAUGUCGACUUCCACGCGAAGCUCGAGAAAGAGAAAGAAGCCAGCUUCAGCGAGCUCAAGAAGGUGAAAGGCAAAUAUGACGGUGCCUGUCAAGAAGUCGAAUCAAGGAGGAAGAAGAUGGAGAGCGCUUUCGAUCAUAGCAAGAACAAAGCUCAGACAGUAUAUCAACAGCAAAUCCUAGAGAUGAACAACGUCAAGAACACUUAUCUUAUAAGCAUUAGCGUUACCAACAAGCUAAAGGAAAGAUUCUACCACGAAUACGUACCGGAGCUUCUCGAUGGCUUGCAAGACCUGAACGAGACGAGAGUAUCAAGAUUAAACGCGCUGUGGUCUCUUGCCGCGCAGCUCGAGAAACAAUCUCUAGGGAAAAGCUCAGACCAUAUGACAAACCUGAUUAACGAGAUCCCGCGAAAUCAGCCUCACCUUGACUCCCUCAUGUUCCUGCGACACAAUGUUACACAACUCCAGGAGCCAGCACCAUUAGGGUUUGAGCCUAGUCCGGUGUGGCACGACGACGACGCGCUUGUUACCGACGAGGCGGCCAAGGUGUUCUUGCGGAACCUUCUCAGCAAGAGUAAAACUCAGGUUCGUGAGUUGAGGGUGGAAUCUGACCAAAAGCGACGAGAUGUGGAGGGCGCCAAACGCAUACGCCAGAGCAUCCAGCAAGGGCGCGACAAUAGGAAUGAAGUUGAUGUUGUGAGGUCGAUAUUCUUCAUGCAAGAAGCCUUACAUGAGAUAGAGCGCAAGCGGCUUACGGCUGAAGUUGAAACAUCCACUAUCAUAACCGUUGUCGGCGACCUCUCCCUUGGCGCAAAAAACCACAACUUCAAAUCGCAGACUUUCAAGAUCCCGACCAACUGCGACCUAUGCGGAGAGCGUAUCUGGGGGCUGUCUGCCAAGGGAUUUGACUGCCGCGACUGCGGAUACACUUGCCACAGCAAAUGCGAGAUGAAGGUACCGGCAGAGUGCCCUGGAGAACAGACUAAAGAGGAGAAAAAGAAGCUCAAGGUCGAGCGUCAAGAACAGGCCAAUGCCGCACCAGCUGUUGAUCUCGGUCCCACCAGCGCAUCCUCCACGGCGCCAUCGCUCGCCCGACAGGAUACGAUGAAUUCCCUGAGUUCUGGAUAUGCGGUCAGCGCCAAUCGGUCCUUGUCGAACGUCGGUACCCAAGAGUCUGUGGCAGAGCUUCCUUCUCCUAGCGCUCCUGCUCCCGCCGCUCCCGCCCCAGCUGCUGCCCCUAAGCCUGCGGUGAAGCGUAACAGGAUCCUUGCCCCUCCGCCCGCUCAGUACAUCAGCAGUCCGCCGGCCGAGUUACCUGCCACCACCUCGAAGUCCAACGACCGCGAACCCCGCGGUAAAAUGCUUUACCCAUAUCAAUCCACCGGCGCAGACGAGGUCACCGUCGUUGACGGUGAGAACGUUGUCGUCAUCGAGCCAGACGAUGGAUCCGGAUGGAUGCGUGUUCGAUCCGAGUCUUCGGGUGAAGGUCUCGUCCCCGCUUCCUAUGUCGACGUAUUACCUGCUCAGACACCUCCUUCCGCUAGCUCUGGUGCUGGCCGACCAGGAUCGACUUACUCAAACUCCUCUGCUUCCUUAGCAGGCAGUACAGCGGCAGCCGCAGCCAAGCGCGUGGGUCCGGCGGUAGCCCCUCGUCGCGGAGCCAAGAAACUACAAUACGUAGAAGCUUUGUACGACUACGAAGCACGAAGUGACAUGGAAUGGAGUAUGAGCGAAGGAGACCGCUUCGUCCUCAUCACGCGGGACAGCGGCGAUGGCUGGGCCGAUGUCGAGCGCGGCGGCCAAACGAAGAGCGUCCCAGCAAAUUACAUUCAAGAGGUAUAGGUAGGUAUAUGCAUAAGUAUAGAACCGACGGUUGGCUGUAUAUCGGUGCCAGAUUUUGCACCUUCCCCUGCAUCCUCCCCCACCCCAAAUCCAUACAAUUCUGCAUCCUUAUAUGUUUUGUUUUAUCCAUGUUGACAUACUUGCUGUAUGUUUUUGAUUGAUCUGGUUUUUGACGAUUUUUGCAUCGUGGAGUCUGGAGAUUAGCGGUUUCCUUCCUUUUUUUUCUUAUUUUUCUCGCGUGUCUUUUCUAUCGAGCAUUCGUUUUGUAUUUUCCAUGCGCACAGUAUCUAGGUCAUGGUCUCGCUGAUCGCAUCUGCCUCCGCAUUUGCAUGAUGUAGGAUAGGAGGAAAUAAAUUCAAGCCAAUCCAAUCCAACACGUUACUAAACUGCUAGAUAUCCAAUAAUCAGACUAGAAAAUUGAACAUCGCCAGCAACUCUAAUCCAAGUCCCCCAUAGCCUAUCAACCACACUACUUCCCCAAAUCCGUACAACCCACAACAAGACCACAGGACCUCUAAAAUCUCUUCCCUCCCAACCGAUGACCUAACUCGUACUACCUCAGUUUCAACCUCCCUUGUCAGGACAUAGUCUCCGACUCCACUCGGAGGCUGGAGAGACGGGGGUCUGCACUGUGGACCCUGACGCCACACGCAUGCAGGCGCGGAGAUUCCUCCGCAAUCUCGUUCCAUUCU